CAAUCAUCUUUGGCACAGCAUACCUGCACUGAGGGACAGGUUUUUGAGCACUGGGAGGGACGUUUUCUUUUGAAGGGCUUUAUCUCUUGACAACACAGUCCCACCAUGACAGAAAGGAUUUACUCUGAGGGCCUGAAGCAGAGACUGAAAUACAGUUUCAACAUGGGGAGCUGAAACACCAGCGAUAUUUUUUUUUUCUUCAAAAGAUCGGAGAGAUAGCCUUGCAUCGCUGUCCUGUUAUAUGUAACUGAAGCAGAAGAAGCCGUUGCUCGUCAGCAGGCUCAACAUUUUAAACAGGAAGUGGCUUUUUCAGAAGUCAUCUAAGAUAUUCAAGCAAGCUGAAAGACGUUCCCACUCUCACUCUUCUCUGUCCGCGAUCAGUAUCAGGAGAGUUGCGUGUCGUUUCCGUUUCACCAUCAAGAGGUAUUGAUCACUCAGUGGUAAUACACCAUCAGACCUGAUUGGAUUUACAGGACAGGGUGACUGUGUGAGGAUUGAUCUUUGGCUACAGCAUGGUGCCAGCAGAAGAUGGGGAAACCACAAACAGCAACACACUUCUCUGCCCUCCUGAGCAGGGUCACGGUGCAGGCCGAGGAUCCACCAGGAACCGCCAGAGACAGGGUUCUCCUGCCCGUAGACUAGCCAUGACCAGGAAGAAGGAUAAGAGGAGAUCAGAAAAUCCUGAGGAGAACCAGCGGCGACAGAAGGAACUGGAGUUGACGCCUAUGUAUAAGGAGCUGCUGUACACUAUCGCUCACAGGCAUGGGAAACCAGCCACUAAAGAAAUCCACACGGACGCCCAGCUCUAUCACUACAUUCAGCAGGCUUUCAACAUGACAGAUGAUGAGCAGAAGAGUUUGCUGGAAAAGGUCCAGGGGGCAGAGCCUCCUGUGUGCAGCUUGAUGGUCACAGUUAAGGAAGCCAAAGACAUUCUGGGAAAAGACUGCAGUGGUUUCAGUGACCCUUACUGCAUCCUGACCAUCCUGCAAAACGAGAAAGAGAAGAGCACUCGCAAGGCUCAGCCCAAGGCCAAGAAGGCGGUGGUGAAGGAUGCAGCGUCUGAGAAGGAGAUCUAUCGUACUGACAUCAAGAAGCAGACUCUCAACCCCAAGUGGGACCAGACCUUUGUGCUGGAGUUUACAGACACAGUUGGUGCCAGUCUGCAUGUGGAAAUGUGGGAUAAGGAUGAGGAGCUGUCUCUCAGCCAGAAGUUUGAGGACAUCCGCACUAACUUCCACGGUCUGGCUAGAAUGCUCAAAGAUGCCACAAAGGAGAAGGGUGAAGAUGACUUCCUUGGGACUGUUGUGCUCAUGCUGGAGGAUCUCCACUGCACAGAGGACAGCUGGUACACCCUGGAGCCUCGCACUGACACCUACCCCGACCGGGGGACGUGCCACAUGCAGCUCAAAUUCAUCCACAAGAAGAGGGACGAGACAUUGAGUGCGGGCAGGAGUGCUUAUGUGAACUACUGCGGAAUCCUGCAGCAGUUUGUCCAGGCCCACAUCUCCAAGCAACAGGGGAGUGGUCCCUGGAAGGGAGACUUGUGUGAGGAAGGCACGGCUCUUCUGGAGUUCUACGCCACCCAGAAUGACCUUUCACCUUUCCUGCAAGACCUGGCGAAGUGGGUGGCCUACAGUAAACUAUACCAGAGUUUGGAGGUGGACUCAACAGUAUUGUUUCAGCAGUUAACCAGUAUUGAAUACCACUGGGACCAGCAGGAGCUUACCUACCAGCAGAAACAAGAGCUGGGAGACUCCCUGCACGAGUUCCUGCAGUAUGGCUUAAGCCUGCUGGCCAAGUACAGAGACAUCUUCCACCCCAAACCAAACAGCACCAAACCCCUGCAUACACUGCUCAGAGUGAUGGUGCAGAUCUGUAAAACCAGGGCUUUUCAGAAGCUCAAUCCAGCCCAGUUUGAGUUGCAGGUGGAGGUCACAUACGCUGUCAAAACAGGUACGCAGGAGUGGUUUAACAUCAAACAGGGCCUCCAUCAGCCCAUGACCAAAGACCUGUCUGAGAUUGUGAACGCUCUGUCUAAACUAAUCUCUGAAGUCAAGGAGGACAUCCGCAUCAACAAGGAUGUGUGGAAUAAGGUCUUUGUCAGUGCUGUACAGGUGGAUGUGUUUACUGUGGUCUACCAGAGGUUGGACAGCUUGUUGUCGGAGGAGAUGAGGGAGACACUGGCUCAGGUGGAGCAACAGAUGGAUCAGUCUCUGGCCAACGCCCUCUUCCCCGUCUACCUGAGCCUGCAGGAUAUCCAUAAGGACAAAGCCUUCCUGCAGAAGAGGAGCAACCUUCUGCAGCUCACCAACUUCCAUGAGUGUUUCCGUGAAGCGCUUCCCUACUGGCUAGGCAAGGCCUUCAGCACAACCAUGGACAGAGUGGAGAAAGCAGUGCAGGUGGACGAGCUCAAGCCCCUGCAGGGCGGUUCCGUUCCCAUUAAGCACAGCACCUCUGCAGUGGACCUGGCCGCCUGCCUGCAGCCCAUAGCUCAGCUCUGGAAGCAGCUGGACUGGCCCGACCCGGAGGAGGGCUUCAUGCUCAUGGUCAAACUAACUGAGGACAUGUGUAAGAUUUCAACCACAUACUGUCAGAUGUUAAAACAGAGGGUAAGGAAGCUAUCAGAUACCUCAGACCAGAGCUGUGCAAUCAACAUGUUGUGUGUGGUGGUGAACGACCUUGAGCACCUGCGCUCCGUGCUAACACACCUGCCAGCACAGCUCAACUGGGCGGGGCUUCGGGAACGCACGUGUCAUGUGAUCACUGACACCCAGUUCCAGAACACACUUCCGUCCCAGCUGCAACACACACAGGCGGCUCUGACCCGCGAGAUCCGCUCAGCUGUGGCGACACUCGGCAAACAGUUGAACACUGAUAUCGAGACCCAUGUGCGAGGGAUGGCCACACGUCAGAGACUCCCCUCCAAGUCCACUGAGGAUGCUGUGGUCCCUCUGAUGCGCUACCUGGAAAAAGAGAUGAAGUACAUGAAUGAGAACCUGGUCCAGGAGAACUUCAACAGUCUGCUAACACCAUUGUGGAAUAACUCUUUGAAGAUACUUCAUCAGGUGUCUACACAGGGGGGUGGCAACCUUGUGUACUUCCAGAGACUACACUACACACUUCAGUGUUUGGAGCAGUGCUUCCAUGCAGAAGGAAAUGGGCUCCCGCUGGAAACACUGCAGACGGAUGAGUACAAGGUUCUGAAAGCUUACCUAACACAAAAUGCGCUUGACAGCAGGCAAAUAAUUGGGAAGUUCCUGGAGAAAAAAGUAUGGGAUCAGAAAGUGGUGAGCGGUGAGAAGUAUGGAGCGGUGACCGUCAUCACCUCCUACCAGCGCUCCGACCAGAGGCUCCACGUGGAGGUGCUCAACGCCAGCAACCUCAUCCCUCUGGACUCCAAUGGCGCCAGUGACCCGUUUGUGCACCUCUCUCUGGAACCACGCCAUCUGUUCCGUGAAGUAGAACCACGCAGCACCAAGAUCAAAAACCGUGACCUCAACCCUCUCUUUGAAGAGUCCUUUGAGUUUAUGAUAUCUCUGGAGCAGUGCCAGGCUCCGGGCGCGUCGCUCGUGUUGACGGUUCUGGACUACGACGCAUUGCGUAGCGACGACUUUGAGGGCGAGGCCUUUCUGUCCUUGCGGGCCGUUCCGGGGGUGGGGGGCAAAGAUGCACAGAGCGAGGACUGCCACACAGCCCCCGCCCAGAUACGCCUCCCGCUGAUGCACCCCAAACCCAACAGUGACAGCCUCCUGAAGCUCCUGGAGGCGCGGCGGGACGACCAGGAGGCGCAGGCGUUCGUGAAACUACGGCGCCAGAGGGAGAAGAAGUCCCAGGAGGUGUGAUGAGUACGGAGGGGAUACAGGAGGUGUGAGGAGAACGGAGGGGAUCCCAGGACGAGCUUACUGAUCUUCGGAAUAUAGAGACUGUUCCUGAAUCAGUAGGCAUGGGUUAAGCAUGUCAGCUUAUUGAUCUUCUGAAUAUAGAGACUGUUCCUAAAUCAGUAGGCAUGGGCAUGUCAGCUUAUUGAUCUUCUGAAUAUAGAGACUGUUCCUAAAUCAGUAGGCAUGGGUUAAGCAUGUCAGCUUAUUGAUCUUCUGAAUAUAGAGACUGUUCCUAAAUCAGUAGGCAUGGGUUAAGCAUGUCAGCUUAUUGAUCUUCUGAAUAUAAAGAUUGUAUCAUCUGUAUCAUUUUGUAAAGUGUCUCCCUUUUUAUUUAAGUUGAACAUAAAAACUAACAUCCCAGAUUCAUCCAAAUUGUCAGAUUAAUGCACACGGAAGUGCCACGAGUAGUGUCUCACCACUGGGCCCGGCCCGGAUUCAAACCAGGCGUGGGCCACACCCAUGCCAUAAUCAGUGACACAGGCGAUCUGAGUGGGCAAUGCGAUAAUGUACAGGAUUGUGUGUGUGCAUGUGUAGAGUUGACUGUCUGUCACCAAAUAAAGGAACUCAUUUCUAACA